AUGGGAGGAGUUGACCAUGAACGAAUCCAGGCUGUUGGUCCAGACAGAGCAGCUUCAGAGUGGCUCCUUCGGUGUGGCGCGUCGGUGCGCUACCAUGGCUAUGACAAAUGGCAACAAGAUUAUAAUACACUGCCUAUGGGGCCGCUGGAGAAAUAUAAGAUCCAAGCCAUCAAUGCCACCGAAUCUUGCAUCAUGAACAAGGGAUUUGAAUAUUUUGAUGGUCUAAAGCAUCUUGAAGAAAUAAAGUUUUGCAAGUGCAUAUACAUUGAGGAUGCAUGCUUACAACGGAUUAGUGAGACUCCAAGCCUGCAGAAAAGCCUGCUGCGUUUGUUUCUCAUUUCUUGUGGGAAUGUUACAGACAAAGGCAUCAUUGCAUUGCAUAAGCUCAGCAACCUGGAAUAUUUGCUCCUGAGAGACCUGCCAGGGAUCCAAGAGAAGGAAAGAACUAUUCAGUCCCUUAAGAAAUCAAUGCCGGCACUUGAGCUGGAAUUAGACUUGGAAUGA